CCCCUCUCUUUCUCUCCUCUCUUUAAUCUGAGAUAAAAACGAGCAGACAGACUCCUCCUCCCUUCCCUCUCUCUCUCUCUCUCCUCCUGUCUCCCUCUCCUCUGUUCUUCCUCUCUGGACUUCUCUUGUGUGCUGCUCUGAUGGAAAUGUGGAGGAUCUUUCUGUAUGUCUCUCUUGUGGUCCAGCACAGUUCAGCAGAAGAAGUAAUGCUGCUGGACACUACAGAGUCCACCGCUGAACUUGGCUGGACAACGUAUCCUGACACAGGGUGGGAUGAGGUGAGCGUGUUAGAUGACAAGGGGAGACUCAUGCGUACAUUUGAAGUCUGCAACGUCAAUCAGAACCCUCGUCUCCAAGACAACUGGUUGGCCACGCCCUUCCUGUACCGGCAGUCAGCUCCACGGAUCUUUGUGACACUGCGUUUCUCAGUUCGUGACUGUGCCAGUCUACGCUCCCCCUCCCCGACAUGCAGGGAGACCCUGACCCUGUACUACAAGCAGGCUGACUCCCAGAGAGAGCUGGAGAGAACCUGGGCAGCUGAGCCUUCCAGCGGAGAGACGAGAGAAGGCUGGGUGAAGAUCGACACCAUCGCAGCAGACAAGAGUUUCAGUCGUGUGGAGCCAAGUCUACCUCACCAGUACAAACCUGAGAACGCCCGACGCAUCAACAUCAAAACCCGCAGUUUUGCUCCUCUCACACACAAAGGGUUUGUUUUAGCAAUAGUAGACAGCGGAGCUUGCGUGUCACUUAUGGGUGUUUCCAUAUUUUAUCGUCGCUGUCCAGCAGCCAGUCGUUUCCUGGCCUUCUACCCAGCCACGCCCUCUGGGGCGGAGCCAACAUCUCUAGUGCCGGUGACUGGCACCUGUGUACCCCAUAGCCAAUCACAGGGUGGGACUGCACCAAGAAUGCACUGUAACACAGAAGGCGAAUGGCUGGUUCCUGUUGGAGGAUGCAUGUGUGAUGCCGGAUAUGAGCCCAAUCAUAAUUACUCGGCCUGUUUAGCGUGCUCGAUGGGGUCCUAUAAACCAGUAGCGGGCUCAGUUUCAUGCACAGAGUGCCCAGCUAACAGCAGAACCAGUUCAGAAGGGUCUAAACUUUGCGAAUGUCGGAGUGGUUACUAUCGCGCGCACACCGAUGCCAACACCACCGCCUGCACAAGCCCUCCAUCAGCACCGGUGUCUCUGUCAUGGGAGUAUGAGAGUUCGGAGGGUGGGGUGUCGUUGCGCUGGAGACCUCCUGCAGACAUGGGGGGACGAAGUGAAGUGUGGUAUGGGGUGGUGUGUCGAAUCUGCCCCUCUGCCACCGACACGCCACCAAGCGUGUGUUCCUGGUGUGGAGAUACUGUCACUUUUUCCCCCUCUCAAACUGGCUUAAAGCAGACAAGGGUCACCCUCAAAAACCUGCUUACUAGGGUCACCUACCUCAUACAGGUUCAAGCAAUAAAUGAAGUGUCGACGCUCAGCCCUUUUCCACCUCAGUUCGCCAGCAUCAACUUCACCACCAGCCAGUCAGUGCCUUCUGAGGUGCCCAUGCUGCACCAGUUGAACAGAGUUCAUGACUCCAUCACACUGUCCUGGCCUCAGCCUGACCGGCCCAACGGGGACAUCCUGGAAUACCAGCUCCGGUACCACGACAAGGGGUCUGAUGAGGACAGUGCUAUGAGCGUGUUCAGUGAAACCAACACAGUGACAGUUGGAGGUCUGAUUCCAGGCUCCAUCUACGCCUUCCAGAUCCGUGCCCGAAAUGAGAGAGGCUACGGACCCUACAGCCACACCGUUUACUUCAGCACUCUAGCAAUGGAGGAACAGUCAAAGCAGAUUCAGAAUCGCCUGCCUCUUAUGAUUGGAUCAGUAAUGGGCGGAGCAGCAUUUCUAUUGGUUGUGAUCGCGAUCAUUAUUGUGUUUGUGUUUCGAAGUAAAAGGAGAGAAAGCCCUUACAGCGACAGACUUCAGAGAUACAUCAGCAACAGAGGUGGGGUGAAAUAUUACGUGGACCCCUCCACUUAUGAAGACCCCAGUGAGGCAGUCAAAGAGUUUGCACGAGAAAUCGAGCCUGCUCACAUAAAGAUCGAAGAGGUCAUUGGUGCUGCUCAGUUUGGGGAGGUGUCCCGUGGCCGGUACAGGCCAUUAGGUCGUAGAGAGAUGCUGGUCGCGGUCAAGACUUUGCGUUGGGGAGUGACAGACCGUGAGAAGAACGUGUUUCUCAGUGAGGCCGGGGUACUUGGCCAGUUUGACCACCCUAAUGUACUGAAACUGGAAGGUGUGAUCACUCGCACCCCUCCUGAACGCAUUAUCACAGAGUUUAUGGAAAACGGCCCCCUGGAUGCCUUUCUCAGAGAAAACGAGGAUCAGUUCAGCGUCUUGCAGCUGGUAGGAAUGGUGAGAGGUGUUGGAGCCGGAAUGCGAUAUCUUUCCGAGAGGAAUUUUGUCCAUCGUGACCUCGCUGCCCGGAACGUUCUGGUGAAUUCAAACCUGGUUUGUAAGGUGUCUGACUUCGGCCUUUCCCGUUUAAUGAGGGGUCUGGACCACAACAUGCCCACCUACACUGCGUCACUGGGCAGUAAGAUCCCUGUGCGGUGGACAGCUCCUGAAGCUUUCCAGCAUCGUAAAUUCAGUUCAGCGAGUGACGUCUGGAGUUUUGGGAUACUCAUGUGGGAGGUCAUGUCAUAUGGAGAACGUCCAUACUGGGACAUGAGUAACCAAGAGGUGAUGAAGGCAGUGGUUGAUCAGUACCGUUUACCUGCUCCAAACGGUUGUCCUCCAGCUCUUCACUCUCUGAUGCUCCAGUGCUGGCAGGCCAACAGACAGGACAGGCCAGCAUUUGAUUCUCUUCUGUCGUCCCUCGACCGACUCAUACGCCACCCUGCCUCCCUAAAGGCAGAACACAGCCGUCCCAGCCAGCCACUCUUAAGCCCCACCCCUACUGACCUCUCAACAGUGACAACAGUCGGUGAUUGGCUGACAGCUCUAAAGAUGGACCGGUAUAAAGAUGCGUUUGAGAGAGCACAGUACCACAGUCUGGAGGGAGUGAGCAUGCUCACAAUGGAGGAUGUUCAGGCUCUAGGAGUGAAUCUGCUCGGCCAUCAGCGGAAGAUCGUAAAUGCAGCUAAACAGCUUAGGACACACCUCACUCAGGGACAUGUGGAGGUCUGAUGCUUCCCACCUUGUGUUGACACAGCAGUGCAUGCUGGGAGAGCUAGUCCACAGCCUGUCGCAGCCCACAAGAACAAUGGAAUAGAGAUGAGGAUGACAAAAAGAGCCUUGAGUGAAGAGGAAGAGUUUUAUUAUGAGUUAUUUGCUCAUCUGUCCCACCCUUUCUUACUGAACUGUUGUCUUCUAUAUUCUUCUUUCACUUAUUCCCUCCUUCAGUGUUGCACUACCUCUCACUUUUUUAUCAGUUUAUUAAUUACUGGCAUUCAGGAUGAUCUUGAGCCUUAAGAACACUCCUUCACAAUCAGUUGCAAGGACAAUCAGAGACUUUAAACGAACAGUAACUGACUGUUAUGUCUUUGUUGGCACGUGUGGUCAAGGGCACUAGAUGUUUUAGUUUUAACUACACAACCAAACAACAUAUUGAACAAUAAACUGAACAAAAACCACCACAAAUACACUGCCAAAAGUCCUGUUUCUAAUCAGUAUUUUGUCUUGUUUUCCAGUAAAAAAUAUCUAAAUUAUGCUCAGAGCUUAUCAGGUUUGUUUAAGAAUGUAUAAAUAUUGUUUUCAGAAAAUACACGCUACCAUUCAAAGGUUUGGGCUCAGAGAGAUUCAAAUGUUUUUGAAAGAAGUCUCAAGGCUGCAUCGAUUUGAUUAAAAAUAGUAAUA